AUGGAGAGUCAUUUUAUAUUGAGGGUGAGCGUCUCCUCAGACCAGGGCGGCAGGAAGUACAUGGAGGAUGUCACCCAGGUGCUGGUGGAGCCGGAGCCGGGGGAAGGAGAACUUUCCUGGGAGGAAGAGGAGGAAGACGACGACGACCAGGAGGGAGUAGAGGACUCCCCGAGCCGGACUCCAGCCCACAGCCGGAGCGCCCCGGGGAGGAGCGGCCAGUCUGUGGCCUUCUUCUCGGUGUUUGACGGACACGGCGGACGGGAGGCCGCUCACUUCGCCCGGGAUCACUUGUGGGGCUUCAUUAGGAAGCAGAAGGGCUUCAUGUCACGGGACCCGGAGGAAGUGUGUGCCGCCAUCCGUAAGGGCUUUGUGGCUUGUCACCAUGCGAUGUGGAAGAAGCUCCCUGAAUGGCCAAAAACAAUGACUGGACUCCCUAGUACGUCAGGAACUACUGCAAGUGUUGUUAUUGUGCGUGGAAAUAAACUAUAUGUUGCCCAUGUUGGUGAUUCUGGCGUUGUAUUUGGGAUUCAGAAUAGCGCUAAAGAGACUGUGAAGGCCUUGGAAGUGACGCAAGACCAUAAACCUGAGCUCCCGAAGGAACGAGAAAGAAUAGAAGGGCUUGGUGGCAGUGUUAUUAAUAAAUCUGGUGUGAAUAGAGUGGUUUGGAAAAGACCUCGUUUAACACACAAUGGUCCUGUAAGAAGAAGUACAAUAAUCGACCAGAUUCCUUUCCUGGCUGUGGCUCGUGCCCUUGGUGAUUUAUGGAGUUAUGACUUCUACAGUGGGGAGUUUGUGGUGUCUCCUGAACCCGAUACAAGUGUGCACACAAUUGAUCCUCAGAAGCACAGGUUUAUCAUUAUUGGCAGUGAUGGCCUUUGGAACAUGGUCUCUGCACAGGAUUCAGUUUCAUUGUGCCAAGAGCUGGAGAAAUCCUGCGCAUAUGGAGAAUGUGGGCAGUCGUGUGCAAAAAUACUGGUAAAUCGGGCACUGACACAGUGGAGACAACGCAUGUUGCGAGCUGACAACACAAGUGCUAUUGUCAUUCGCAUCUCUUCUGAUUCAGAAAAACAUAGAUGUUGUGCUAAUGAGGAGCUGCUAAUAAAUUUGUCUGAGAGACCACGCUACAAUAGCCAGGACAUGUACCUUAUGUCAACAUCACCUUGUUCCACACCACCAGUCAAGAUACUGGAAGAUGAUCCUUGGUGGAGACUUACUCUAUCUGAGCCUCUUCCAUCCCUUAUUCGCCGAAAUGCCUUCUCUGAUAGCUGUAGCAAAUGGGGCUGUGAGUCAGGCAAAUCUAAAGCACUUGCAAAUCCUUCACGUCCUUUAGGGGAUUCUGGAAAGCCUGAAGAUAGUGAGUGGGCCAGUGGAUCUCCAAACAUCUCCCCUUCUAUAUAUCUCUUCCCUGGCACCUCUUCAGCUGUUGGUUCAAAGGGCACUAAAACAACAAGUAGUAAUAGUCCAAAAACUGAAAUAGAAAAGUUAUCAUCUUUGAAACGGACACUAGAGGAGUCCAACAGUGGACCUGCAGUGAAAAAACCAAGACGGACCUUAACUAGGAGUAGCAGUGUGCAGCCUGAAGGCCCAUCUACCACACCGAAAAGGAGAAGUACGGAAAGGGUGAUAAUGAGACGCAGUCUUAGAGGCCAGAAGAAACUUGGACAUCCUUUAUUACAUGAGCAUAGAAAAAGUAUAUGUGUGUGUUGA